CCCCGCGGGGCCGACUGGAGGCGCGGCGACCGUGUCUGACGAGAGCUGGAAGAGGCAGUGGGAGGUGGUGGCAUCGGCGGCGCGGGCGCCAGAGGAGGAGGAGGAGGAGAAGCGGAUGAGGAGACCGAAGGGCUUGCCAGCGUCGCGCAGAGCGUACAAGUGGCACAGAGCAGGCACACGCCCAGGGCGCCGUCCCUGCCCCUGCGCUGCCCUCUCCACUCCCCGCCGGAGACAGCAUGGUGCGUGGGGCACCAUGGGGCCCGACCGCGUGACCGCCAGAGAACUGUGUGAGAACGACGACCUCGCCACCAGCCUCGUCCUGGACCCCUACCUCGGCUUCCGCACCCAUAAGAUGAACGUCAGCCCCGUGCCCCCCCUGCGGCGACAGCACCACCUGCGCUCAGCGCUGGAGGCCUUCCUGAGGCAGCGGGACCUGGAGGCUGCGUACCGGGCCCUGACGCUGGGAGGCUGGAUGGCCCACUACUUCCAGAGCCGGGGCCCGCGGCAGGAGGCUGCCCUCAAGACCCACAUCUAUCGCUACCUCCGCGCCUUCCUGCCUGAGAGCGGCUUUACCAUCUUGCCCUGUACCCGUUAUUCCAUGGAGACGAACGGAGCCAAGAUUGUGUCCACCCGAGCUUGGAAAAAGAAUGAGAAGCUGGAGCUGCUGGUGGGCUGCAUUGCGGAGCUGCGGGAGGCCGACGAGGGGCUGCUGAGGGCCGGCGAGAACGACUUCAGCAUCAUGUACUCAACCCGAAAGCGCAGCGCUCAGCUGUGGCUCGGCCCGGCGGCCUUCAUCAACCACGACUGCAAACCCAACUGCAAGUUCGUACCUGCAGAUGGGAACGCAGCCUGCGUGAAGGUGCUGCGGGACAUCGAGCCAGGCGACGAGGUGACCUGCUUCUACGGCGAAGGCUUCUUUGGUGAAAAGAACGAGCACUGUGAAUGCUACACCUGUGAGAGGAGAGGCGAAGGCGCCUUCAGACUGCGGCCCCGGGAGGCCCUGCCACCCCCGCCCCUGGACAAGUACGAGCUCCGGGAGACCAAGCGGCGGCUGCAGCGGGGCCUGGACGGCCACCGGGCCUGCGCCCACCCCGCCCCGCUGCGCCGGGACCCCUUCUGUGCUGCCUGCCAGCCCCUGUGCCCCCCGCCCUUCGCUGCCCGCCCCGAUGCCGCACCCCUCUGGCUCCAGUGGCUGCCUCAGCCCCAGCUCCGGGUGCGCCCCAGAAGGCGCCGACGCCCCAAGCCCCGGCGAGCCCUGGCACCCCCCGUUCUCCGUGCUGCCCGUGUCUCUCUACACCGGUGGGGAGGCUGUGGCCCCCACUGCUGCCUGCGGGCGGAGGCCCUGGUGGCCCUGGGUCCGGUCCCCCGAGCCCGCUGGGCCCCCCAGCAGGACUGGCACUGGGCCCGGCGUUAUGGGCUGCCUUACGUGGUCCGGGUGGACCUGAGCCGCAUGGCCUCAGCCCCGCCUGCCACUGCCACCCCCGCCCCUGCCAGGACCCCAGGCCCCAUCCCCAUCCCCAAGCAGGCCCUUGCCUUCACCCCCUUCUCCCCACCCAAGCGCCUGCGGCUGGUGGUCAGCCACGGCUCCAUUGACCUGGAUGUCAACAGCGAUGGACCGUGAUGGGCUGGACAGAGGCCAGGCCAGCAGAGGAGGGCAUCCAUCCUGGUCCCGUCUGCCCCAAGUUCUCGGGAGCUCACCUCCAGAAGGAACUCUGGGACCUCUGGGAGGGAGUUGGCCUUCGACCCCAGCACAACUCUGCCCCAGGGGAGUGCGGGGGGGGGCGCGGGCCUGGACACCCCCCAGGGAUCUGACCCCUGACCCUUUGUGACUGCUGACCCCUGAGCCACCCCUACCCUGGCAGGAAGCCCUGGCUAUGGCCACCUUCCCAUCCCAGCCCCAGCCUCAGGGUUGAAAGAGUUGUUCCCUUCCCCACCCACCUUCUACUGCCCAGGGAGCAAAGCCAUAAGGGGUGGGGGCCACCCCGUGGCUUCUCCACAGAAGCCCAGGCCUCGGGAGGAGGUGGAACUGGCUUGGGGGUGGACGCCCUACACCGCCCCAUGGGGGGGGUAGGUUUGUUCUCAGCUCUGCAACUGUUUGAGGUGGGGGGGGCGAGGUGGGGGUGGCCAGGGGCUUGUCCCCACCACCCCGUGGGUCUCAGGGAGGCCGGGUGCGACCUCAUCUUUCUCAUGGUGCUAUCCCUGGUGCUACUGGGGUGUGGGGGCUCCCUCCCCUCCCCCACACCAGAAUGGGAUAUGUUGGGGGAUUGGAAGCACUUGAACUUUUUAUUUUAUUUUAUUAAAACCUUGUUAUAAGCAGCA